AUGGGGAACUGUCUGUACCCGGUGGAAGCCUAUUCACUAGGCAAGAACGGAACUCAGUUUACCUUCGACGAAUGGAAUUAUUCAUAUGAAGACAAUGUCUCCUAUGAAUCUCUGGAUGACUACAGCAUGCUAGCAGCUGCUCCCUGCCAUUCGUGUAACCUGCUUGACAAAUCUUCACUGCCCUUCUUCAUUCUCACCAGUGUCUUGGGCAUGUUGGAAAGUGGUCUUGUCCUCUUUGCAAUUCUCAGACCUCUUUUCCACUGGCAGAUCUGCCCUAGCUGGCCCAUUUUGGCACAGUUGGCAGUGGGCAGUGCCUUCUUCAGUAUGGCAGUGCCCAUCCUGGCACCAGGCUUAAACACUGGCCAUCACACAGCCCUGUGCAGACUGGGCUACUGGGUCUGGUAUACUUCAGCUUUUGCCCAGGCUCUGCUGAUAGGAUGCUAUGCCUGCCUGAACCCCAGUCUGAGUAUCGGUCAAGUCCCUGCCCUCACCUUGAGACUCACUGUGGGACUUUGGGGAGCUGCUGCUGUCUUAGGGCUGCCAGUCAUGCUUGCCAGUGGUGCUUAUGAUGGCCUCUGCACCCUUGCAUCCACCAAGGACCUGGAAGCUUUGAAGUUCACACAUUCUGCUGUCUGUUUUACCACAUUCACUGUAUUGCCACUGGCUCUUUUGGCAGCCAAGGGGCUGAAGAUGUCAUUAAGCAAGGGGCCAGGCCCCUGGAUUAAUGUCCUAUGGGUCUGGUUCAUCUUCUGGUGGCCUCACGGGAUGGUUCUCAUAUUCGAUACCUUGGUGAGGUCCAAAACCAUGCAUUUGCAGUCAUGCCUAUCCCAGCAGAUUCUUGAUGCAGCGUUGAAUCUGGCAGAAGCCCUGGCUGUAUUGCACUGUGUGGUUACACCCGUGCUCCUGGCCCUGUUCUUCCACCAGACUGCCCGUAGAUGCUGUCUCUCUCAGUCCCUCCCUGCAAGACAGUCUUCCCAAAUGGAUGCCAUUGCAGGCAAAUCUUAGUUCUUUACCCACAUGUCAACUUAAAUUAAAGUCUAUAUUGCUUUUGUGAAGUGGGUGCUUUCUUAUUUUACCUGGAGUUAAAAAGAAGGAGAAAGACCAUGGAGAGAAAGGAAGGCAAUGCGUGCCCGAUUUUCCUGUUUCUAGAGCUGCCCUGGAAGAAAGAGAAUGGUGGAUAAACAUCCUCAGGGAAUACAGAUGUUCUCUUGAGGUGAGUGAUUUCUGUCUUCUUGUGGGAACAGGAA